CAUGAGACGGGCGUGUAGGUAGCUAACCAUGGCGGUGGUGGCUACUGAAACAGGGGGGCCAUCCAUCCCUCAGGCCCCCCGCCAAAAACCACACACCUACCCUGUCACCACCCACGCCGUCGCCACCUUCAGCCCCCGCCACUGCUUCGCCCUCACCACAGGCCGCCUGCUGUGGUGGGCCUCCCUAUUGUUGCUGUGGUUCUGCUGCCUUCACCACGUCCAUUCACAGAAGUGUAUCAAGUUGGCAGAAAGGAACCUUAUCUUACCUCCACCCAGAUAUGUGUACGACAAGCGGGAACAGCGUCAACUGGCCAUUACGCUGGACACUUCCCAGAGGAUCUCCCACCAGCUCACCACCGCUGUUGUCAAGAUAUUGCUGGAGGAAGGCCUUGGCUAUCAGAACGUAACCAUAUCCCACUACGAGGAAGAUAGUUUCAACUUAACGAAAGCAUUGGAGCGGCUUAAUGCAACUGGCCGGAAUGGCAACACACCAACUGCCAUGAUCAACCUGGAGGUGUGGCAACCACCCAGCUCUCGCGAGGAGGACAGAAUCGCCAGAAGUGACUGUGGCUCACAUUCCUCUGGCAGCAGAUUUGGGUGGUAUGUUUCUAACAACAGCUACACGCAGACAAACGUCAUUACAGACCACUGGCGUUCCUUUCAGCAAGAGGCAGUCACAAAAUUGUUUGAACUCACUCCUGAUGAAGAGGAACGGUUAAAGGAACUGACAAAGUCUCCCACAGGCUAUUACUGUGAUGCCUCUUUCUGUACUGAGGGCAUCUAUACACCACCACGCUGUGAGGAUGGCAGGCACUGUGCUACACUCUUUGUUGGCAGCUUCAAUACAUAUACUCAUUUCCUGAAGAAGCAGGUGGAUGAAGAGCAGCUGUUGGUUCGCAUUGCCUGGAUAGGACCUAAUCUUGACCCUCACUUCCUCUGCACUUUCCGGGAGUCUAAGCCUAUUGUGUUUUUUGACUGGUGGCCAAAUUUGAUGUCCAGUUUAAAAAACUUCAUGCCAGUAUCUUUCCCUUCUUGCCUAAGCUUUCUAGGAGAUGAUUCCUACCUGUGCAAUUAUGAACUACAUACUCUCAAGAAAUUUAUUUGGGCUGAUUUAUCAACGUCUGCUACAGUUGCAGUAGAGUCAAUCAGACGAUUCUAUCUGCGCCAGGAAGAUUACCAAGAAUUGUUAUCCAUGUAUGAAGAUCGUAUUGGUACCUGCAGCAAUAACACAACCUUGCUUGCUCAGCCAAACAAUCAAAUUAUGGAAGAAAUUGCUUGUGAGUGGUUACAACGUAAUCAUAGUGAUGACACAGUCGUUUGGAAAAAUUGGCUGUCACACGAUUACUAUGCAAAGACCAUUCUGUGGAUUGCAGGAAUAUUUCCUAUGAGCAGUGAGAAGAAUAUUGGGUUUUCCAGCCACACUUUGGUUAAUGCUGCUGAACUGGCAUAUCAUAAUGUUAACAGCAAUGAUAACGUUUUGCAAGAUUUUGAGAUUGACGUGCUGAAUCAAAAUGGUGGAUGCAAGAGUGAGGACGUACUUACUGCAUUUAUCCGCUAUGUGCGAAGGGAUUCUAGUCACCUGACCUUUGAACAAAUGAUAGGAGUCCUUGGGCCAGCAUGUUCUGAAACUGUGGAGCCUCUUGCUGGUGUUGCCCAAACCUUCAAUACAAUUGUGCUGUCAUACAGCGCUGAGGGAGCCAUCUUCAACGACCAAGAGAAAUACCCAAAUUUUUUAAGAACCAUCCCAGAGAACAAAUUGUAUGGGACUGUGUACUUUAAGUUAUUCAAGAAAUUUGGAUGGAAAAAGGUGGCAACACUUACAGAAGAUUCCAACAAGUACAGUGCAUACCUAAACUUGUUGCGCAAUAGGCUUCCAACUUCAAUGGAUCUUGAAAACCGCAAUAUCCACAAAAAUGUGAAUAGAAACAUGACAGACCAUCUCGUGAAGCUAAAGGCCAAAAACCGUAAGAUCAUUAUUGGAGAUUUUUAUGCCAGUACAGCACGUGAAGUGAUGUGUGAAGCUUACCGCCAGAAUAUGACGGCUUACCAAGACUAUGUUUGGUUCUUGCCACGAUGGUUCACUAGCAACUGGUAUGACACAGAUUACUAUGUUGAUAGAGACAAGAGAACUAUUCCCUGUAAUAGAACCAUGAUGCUGAAGGUACGAGAACAUGGUUCCAGAUCAGUCAACUUGGCCACUAGGAGAUCUCAUGUCCCUUAACGAAUGGGAGCUGCCAAGGGAAAAAGUGGUCAUUAAUCGUACUAUUGGUGAAGGAGCAUUUGGUACAGUAUUUGGCGGUGAGUGUCAGUUUGGGGACAACACACCUUGGCUGGCCGUGGCCGUCAAAACACUUAAAGUUGGUUCGACGGUCGAGGAGAAAUUAGACUUCUUGGGCGAGGCAGAAAUGAUGAAAAGGUUCAAUCAUAAGAACAUUGUUCAGUUGCUUGGUCUAUGUACUCACCAGGAACCUAUCUACAUGAUCAUGGAGUUUUUGCUGUAUGGUGACCUCAAGACGUAUCUAUUGGCUCGUCGUCACCUAGUAUCUGACCGAUCACUGCACACAGAGGAGGACGAAAUCAGCAGUAAGCGCCUUACUUCCAUGGCACUUGAUGUAUGUCGUGCAUUAGCCUAUCUUACAGAGCUAAGAUAUGUACACAGGGAUGUAGCAUGCAGAAACUGUCUCGUGAGUGCCGAACGAGUCGUCAAACUCUCAGAUUUUGGCAUGACUCGUCCCAUGUAUGAAAGCGAUUAUUACCGCUUCAACAGACGAGCCAUGUUACCUGUGCGAUGGAUGUCUCCAGAGUCCCUUGAAGAUGGAAUGUUCACCAACAUGAGUGAUAUGUGGUCAUAUGGCGUCUUGCUUUAUGAAAUUAUUACCUUUGGAAGCUUUCCAUUCCAGGGGAUGUCCAACAAUCAGGUGCUGGAUCAUGUGAGGGCAGGAAACACCAUUAGCAUUCCCAAAGGUGUAAGGCCACAGCUAGAGCGACUUCUGUUGAGUACUUGGAGUAUGAAUCCUCAUGAUCGCCCUACAUUCAAUGAAAUGAUGGAUACAUUGACGAUGUGGCCCCGUCUCAUCACUCCAUGUUUGGAGGUUCCUACAGCAGCAGUCCAACUUAAUGAUACAGAUUCUUUAGAGCUUGUAUUGCCUGCUGACCAGACCUGUCGUAGAAGCUCUGCACCCAAUGCACGUCUCCCAAACGCUAGAGUGCGUCACACAUCAGGCAGUGAAAAUUGCCCUGGCACUAAUGCAGUUCAGCUCAAUAAUUUCUCACAUGUUCCAAACACAUCCAUUUUAACAAACAACUCCAUAUUAUCCACACCAUCCUCUCUGAAUCCCCCAGCCACUUUUAAUUCCCACAAUUGGAAUCGUGCUCCUCAAGAAAAUGGAGGUGGGCCGUCUGUGGAACCUUUAUUGCCCCAGAAUGGUGAUGGGUAUGUGACUAGAUAUGUUUGUCUACAACGCACUAAAUCUGGGGAGAAUAGCAAUGACUUAGACUCUCCUACCAAUAUGACUUCUGUGUGAUGUGGAAUUGUAGUAAUAUUUUAAAUUCCAAGUAGUACUUUACUAUUUUUUUUUUUUUAAUCGGCAAUAGCCACAAUGGGACCUUGGGGGGGCAAAAAAAUUAGAGGAGGAAAAGAGUAUGUUAAUCUACACCACGAAGAUGCCAGAAAACCAGUUUUUUGAAGCGAGACAGAUUGUAAGAGGAAUGAAACACACAAGAAGGCAAAGUAAUCCACAAUUUGGCUGCUUGAGGAAAGAAGGAACUACUAGAAUGGGUUAUCCUAGUGUGACCGACAUCCACACAGAAACGGUAGGCACCGCUGGCAAGACGGGUGUUACAAGCCCACUUCCUUGCCAGCCGUACACAGGAUGCCAAAUCCACCGAAUAUUGCCCGUUAAAGUACCAGUAAGAGAGAAGAGAGAGAAUGAAGCAACAUUGCAGCAAAGAGAAAGGAGAGAUUAUUGAACAAAGAAGGAGAGUUAAUAAGACAAAAUGCCUUUGAUUCCAUCACUCAGAUAUGAGAGCAUUACUCCAUGUUAGGGUGAAUGAACUUCUUAUAAACCUGAAGCAACUGCUCAGGAGUGAAGUAGGUACGGCAUCUGUACAACAUCCCAGCUUUUGGGAGGCAGCUUUAGUUAUGUUACAGAUGUGUGCCUUCCAUGACAUAUCAAGAGAAAAUGGUAAGGCCAAGCAUAUCUAUUUUAAAAUUUGGCAAAAUGGUUGCAUCCUGAAAUGUGACUGGUGGGAGAUCUUCUAUUUUGGAAAGUGUAAUUAGUAUAUACUGUGUUUUCUACUAUUGAAGUUGACCAAGUUUGUACCUCUCCAUUUGGAGAUGCUGCACAGAUCCGCAUUGAUAGAUGAAAUGAUAUCAGCUCUUGAAACAGAUCUAGUUUGAGUGUCAGGGGGAAGGGUAAAAUGAGAAGAGUGAAGAUAAGAAUCAUUAGUGUAAGAAUGGAAAGAAUUAGUGGUAGUGUGAAGUAAAUCAUUGAUAAAAAGAAAGAAAAGGGUAGGUGAAAGAACAGAACCCUGUGGAACACCACUUUUGGUUUCUAUGUGCAGUAUUACUGACAAAAAUUUUCAUAAACCUGACAUGUGCUUUUUGCUUAAAUGAGAGUACAGUUUUAUGAUAAGGUUUGAUAAGAGUGCUCAGUGAUGACAUGAUCAGUAUGUUUACUGGUGAGGGAAAAAUUAUAGUAAGGAAUUGUGUCGGUUCUUAUUCUAAAUAUAACUUCUACUGGCACCCUUCUGCAUACACAGAAAAGACUACAAAUAGAAUAAAAUUUUAAUUUAAUUACAAUGUGCAAUUAACUAAGAUAGCAUCUUGAUACCAGAUACAGAAACUUAGAUAAUUUUCAUACUUCGACA